UGUUCUGAUCUUCGAUAUUUUUUUCUUUGUAUUUUCGUGCUUUUAUCAUCGAUUUCAUCGAUAGUACGUUCAAUACAUUCAUUUAUAGUUGGCGGCAUAAAAAGUGCAAAUACAUUCAUUGAAAAACAACGAAUUUUUGCUGAACUAUUCUCUUUAUUCUAUUUCUUCUAUUAUAUUCUACUUCUCUUAAGCACGAGGCAUAUGUCUUUUGGUGUUGUAAGGGAAGAUGGAUCGAGAUGAUGAAGAUUUUGGAGAGGGUUUCAUCGCAGAAUCUCAUCCACUUAGGCCAACGCAUCUUUCUGUCCCUCUUAGUGGUCGACCAGAUUCUAGAGCACCUAGUAUCAGUAGCAGUGUCAGUGAUUUGGAUGUUCCAAUUUAUACUCGAGAAACCACUAUACCUGUUUCUGCUGGAAAAGGUUUAAACGGACGAUUAGCAUUUGCUAUUGCAGCUGCUGCACUUGGAUCAUCAUUUCAACAUGGAUACAAUACUGGUGUCGUCAAUGCACCUCAGCAGCUUAUUGAAGAUUGGAUCAGUGACUUGAAGAUGAACCGUACCGGUCAAGUAACAAAACAAUCAGAAGUGACUAUGAUAUGGUCAAUAGCGGUGUCGAUAUUUUGUGUAGGCGGAAUGAUCGGUGGUUCUCUGGUGGGUUCGAUAGCCGAUCGUUUUGGUAGAAAGGGUGGUCUGUUAAUAAACAACAUCCUAGUUCUCUUGACAGUAAUUUUCGAAGGCUGCGCCAAAACAGCAAAGAGUUAUGAAAUGAUAAUUAUAGGAAGAUUUCUGAUUGGUAUUAAUGCAGGAUUAAACGCUGGUCUGGCGCCUAUGUAUUUAUCUGAAAUAUCACCUAUUCAUCUACGAGGAGCUGUUGGAACGGUUUAUCAAUUAGUUAUCACUAUAUCUAUUUUGGUAUCACAAAUUCUUGGAUUAGAACAAAUUUUGGGUACGGCCGAACAAUGGCCUCUUCUUUUAUGCUUGACGAUUGUGCCUGCAAUCUUCCAAGUAAUUGCUCUUCCAUUCUGUCCCGAAAGCCCGAAAUAUUUGUUGGUCACUAGAGGAAAGGAUAUGGAAGCUCAGAGAGCUUUAGCUUGGUUACGUGGCACGAUCGAAGUUCAUGAUGAAAUGGAAGAAAUGAGGACGGAAUAUGAAUCAGUAAAACUUGUGCCAAAGGUUACAUUGAAAGAAUUAUUUGUAAAUUCUACUCUUAGAAUUCCAUUAAUAAUUGCGCUUAUGGUUAUGUUUGCGCAACAAUUAUCUGGUAUAAAUGCUGUAAUGUUCUUUUCAACGAAAAUCUUUAUGAUGGCACAGUUGGAUAAAAAUGCGGCUCAAAAUGCAACAUUAGGUGUUGGAGCAAUGAAUGUUCUUAUGACUUUUAUUUCUUUAAUACUUGUUGAAAGAGCUGGAAGAAAAACAUUGAUGUUAAUUGGAUUUUCUGGAAUGUUUAUCGAUACUGCCUUACUCGCUAUUUGCCUUGCUUUUGCAGAAACAUCUCGUGCAGCAGCUUAUUUCUCAAUCGUAUUGGUAAUCAUGUUCGUAGUUCUGUUUGCAACUGGACCAGGUAGCAUACCUUGGUUUUUAGUAUCUGAAUUGUUUAAUCAAUCUGCAAGACCUGCAGCAACGUCCGUUGCUAUAGCAGUUAAUUGGACGGCAAAUUUUAUCGUCAGUAUCGGAUUCCUACCGCUGCAAGAAGCACUAGGUGCUUACGUAUUCAUUAUUUUCGCCGCUUUACAAGCAUUCUUCGUUUUCUUCAUUUAUAAGAAAGUGCCUGAAACGAAGAACAAAACAAUGGAGGAGAUUAGUAGCAUGUUUAGACAAAUAUCGUAUCAGUAAGAAUUUUUAUAUUGCACUUAGAGAAUUAAUUACAAUAUUUUUAAAGAAACAUUUCACAAAUGAAUGAAUCGAAUGUAGGUACGUAAUUUUUUUAAAAAAUCCGUGACUUGACUAUAAUAAGUAUAUCUAUUUUUAAAAAAUAUAUUUUUAUUACGUUUUUAUAAAAAUUAAAGAUAAUAUUUUUUAGCUAAAAUUAUAUUUUUAUU